AUGAAGGUGGAGGUUGCUUUGCCCAGCGGGCGCAACGCUUCACUGAGUCUGGCGCCAGAGGCGCAGGUCAGCGAGCUCCGGGACCUAGCGGAGGCGGCCUUGGGGCGCCGCUUCCUGCAGCUCGCCUUCCGGGGGGAAGCGCUGGAGCUGGCGAAGACGCUCGCCCAGGUGGGCGUGGGAGAUGGGGACACCGUGGAUGCCAUCGCUCAGCGCGUAGAGCUGGCGACCACGGGACUCGCCUGCGCGCUUUAUGUGAAGGGCACGGGUGUGGUGACCUGGGGCGAUCCCAGGUAUGGAGCAGACAGCCGACCGGUGCAAGAGCAGCUGAGACGAGUGCAACGGAUUCAGGCGAGCACUCAGGCGUUUGCCGCCAUCCUGGAUGAUGACUCGGUGGUGACUUGGGGCAGUCCAGAAGCUGGCGGUGAUAGCAGGCAGGUGCUUGAACAGCUCACACAAGUCCGGCAGAUCCAAGCAACCUCCUCGGCUUUUGCUGCCAUCCUUUUGGAUGCCAGUGUGGUGACUUGGGGAGAUCCCUAUUACGGCGGUAGUAGUCGGCAUUUGCAAGAGCAGCUGGUCAAUGUGUGUCAGAUCCAAGCAACAUACUGUGCCUUCGCUGCUCUCCGGAGCGAUGGCUCAGUUGUGACUUGGGGGGAUCCAGGAUAUGGUGGUGACAGUUGGGAGGUGCAAGCGCAGCUCUGCCAGGUGCGACAAAUUUCAGCCACGCAAACGGCGUUUGCCGCCAUUCUGCAUGACGGCACUGUGGUGACUUGGGGAAAAUCAGAGUCUGGGGGUGACAGCAGCCAAGUUCGGCAGCAGCUGACACAGGUCUGCGCAAUCCACGCAACCCGCACGGCCUUUGCCGCCAUCCGGGAGAAUGGCACGGUGGUGACAUGGGGGCAUCCGCAAAACGGGGGCGACAGUGAGUUGGUGCAAGAUCAGUUGCGGCUCGUCCAGCAGAUCCAAGCGACGGACAAAGCAUUUGCCGCCAUCCUGGCAGAUGCUUCAGUGGUGACUUGGGGUGAUGCGCACCUUGGGGGCGACAGCAGCCAUGUGCAGCUGGCACAUGUUCGGCAGCUCGUAUCCACCUGGGGCGCUUUUGCAGCUCUACUGGACGGCGGCCAUGUGGUGACUUGGGGCCGUGCCGACUGUGGCGGCGCCAGAUGUGAACUCAGCGCCGUGGAGAUCACAGCUGCAGCUGCUGCCGGCGCUUUUCUGGCCAUUCUGGAGAAUGGGGACAUGGUGGUUUGGGGCAAGCACCCCUGUGGCGCAGACAUCCGCCAGAUGCAGGAGGAGGUGUCCAGAUUUGCCAAGACAACUCAGGCCCCGGUUUAA